AUGGCUACAAAGGGAGGGCAAAAUGUAGAGGUCGGCAAUGCUAAUGCCACACCAGAGGCUCCACCAACUAGGGCGUCCCGAGUGCCCCUAAUCGGAACCAGCUCAAUCAUUGGUCUGGCAGACGUAACAGACAAUAAGCUAAUCUGGCGACAGCUGGUUGCUGAACUCCUCGGCACCUUCUUGCUGACGUCAAUCGGUGUUGCUUCCUGCAUUGCGAUAACGGAGAGCAAUGCCCCUCGUGUUACCAGCAUUGCACUUGCCUUCGGUCUUCUUGUCGGGUCUAUUGUACAGGCAAUCGCACACGUUUCUGGUGGACACAUCAACCCUGCAGUCACAGCUGGCCUGUUUGCUUCCGGAGACAUUAAACUUAUCAAAGCUCUCUUCUACAUCGUGGUCCAGGCUCUUGGUGCGGUUGCAGGAGCCGCCUUCAUCAGGUUGGCUGUACCCGAAGACCGAGUACUCUCGUUUGGUAUGACUUUACCGGGUCCUGGUGUUACUGAUGGUCAGGCUGUCCUGAUAGAAGCUCUUAUCACGUUCGUCCUGGUUCUGGUCGUACAAGGAGUCUGCGACGCGAGGAGGAAUGAUAUCAAGGGUUCUGGACCACUCGCCAUUGGUCUCAGUAUCACAGCGUGCCAUGCUGCCUGUAUUCCAUUCACUGGUUCAAGUAUGAAUCCCGCGAGAUCUUUCGGGCCGGCUCUUGUUAUGGGCAACUGGGCAUCACACUGGGUAUACUGGGUUGGUCCACUCGCUGGUGGCGUUAUAUCCGGUCUGUUGUACCGAUACGUGCUGCGCAUAGGCAAAGACGACAGCGGCUCCUACGAUCUAUAA